AUGCUGUGGGCGGCCGCCACAGCCGCCGCCGGUGUGGCGCGCUCUCUCGUCGCCGCCGCUGUCGGGGCAGCUGGUACGGUGAUCGGCGCCGCGGUCGGCCUCCUCACGGGCUUCGUCAACGACAACGGCCUGCUCCGGGCCGCGCUGAUCGGAGCGGUCACCGGCGCGCUCGUCUCCGUCGACCUCGCCGACGCCCUCCUCAGGAUAUGGACCAGCUGCGACGAUUGCUCCAUGGACACGCGUAUCAAACGCACGCGGCUGGUGCUCCGGACCUUCGCGGCGAGCCGCCACCUGCGCGGCUGCGUGUUCCCGACCAUCAGCGGCGCGCUGGACGCCCAGAUGGACGCGCUGCGGCACCAGUCGGCGCACCACUACUUCGGAAGCGGCCGAGGCGAGCGCGACGACCUUUUUGAGCCGAGCUCCGCGGUGAUGGCCGCGCGGAGAGCCGUCGUCGAGAGCCUCCCGGCGACGACGCUCACCAAGGAAACCGCGGCUGCGGGGCACCAGACCACCUGCCCCAUCUGCCUCCAUGAGUUCCAGGCGGGUGAGAGCGCCAGGAGGCUGCCUGCCUGCGGCCACGUGUUCCACCUGGCGUGCAUCGACAGUUGGCUCCUGUGGAAGCCCCAGUGCCCGAUGUGCCGCCAUGCCGUCUACUAGCUAGCUACCGGCGACGGUGCCCUCGUCGCCGGCGAGGACUAUCUCGAAGAUUGUUAGCCAGGAAUUCUCAAUCGGCAUCACGAACGCAGAGGACCGAGUAGUUCU